CAGAACGUUUGACUAGUGGUUUGUUUUCGGGACGGCCUACUUUGUGUGUCAAAAUGACAAUGGUUUCGUUUUAUUAACUGUAAAAUUUAAGUAUUUGGCCUCGUCAAAAACACAAUUAUUUGGCUGACGGCUAAAUACCGCCAGAUCAUGGACCUGCCUAUUAAACCUGGCGCCAAUCAAGUGGCAGACGUGGUGUUCGUCAUCGAAGGAACUGCAAACCUCGGCCCCUAUUUUGAAUCCCUCAGAAAACAUUACAUAUUACCUGCAAUCGAGUACUUCAAUGGAGGCCCUCCAGCAGAGACAGACUUUGGAGGAGAUUAUGGAGGCACACAGUAUGGUCUUGUUGUGUUCAACACAGUGGACUGUGCUCCUGAAUCCUACGUCCAGUGUCACGCACCAACCAGCUCAGCCUUUGAGUUUGUCUCAUGGAUUGACAGCAUCCAGUUCAUGGGAGGAGGAGCAGAGAGCUGUAGUCUCAUCGCAGAGGGUCUGUCUGUGGCCUUGCAGCUCUUUGAUGACUUCAAAAAGAUGAGGGAGCAAAUAGGUCAGACACGCAAAGUCUGUGUGCUGCUGUGUAACUCUCCGCCAUACCUGCUCCCUGCCGUGGAGAGUGUCAGCUAUACGGGCUGCACUGCAGACAAUCUGGUCAAGAUCAUCAGAGACAGAGGGAUUCAUUUUUCUGUGGUGUCGCCACGGAAACUGCCAGCGUUACGGGCGCUGUUCGAUAGGGCGUCACCAGUCGGGGGACCAGUCGACCCCCACCCAGACUACAGCCAAGACCCCUUCCACAUGAUCCUGGUUAGGGGUAUCUCACUUCCUGUGUCAUCAGGGGGAGGAUCGGGCCCUCUCAAACCAAUUCUACCCCCUCAACCCCUGCCUGUCAGUCAGCCUCCUCUUGGUCCCACCUCACAGGCUCCUCCACCAAUAAGCACGGCCCAUCCAUAUCAGCCCCCAUCUUCCCUUAACGCGGCUCAGGCAGCUGCACAGAUGGCUGUAGAGGCAGCCAACAACCAGAAGAGUCGCUUCCCAGGCAUGGUCAAUCCUGGUCCCCCAUUCAGUGGUCAGUCAACUCUCCCAUCUGUAGCAGGAGUUAAGUUGGCUCCCUCCAGUCAGCCCAGCCUAUCCACAGUCACCACAGUUUCCACACCCAUGUUGCCUCAGCAACAAGCCCCUCCCCCGCAGCAGCAACAAGUCCAGCCGCCAGGACAACCACAGCCCAAUCAGCAGCAGCCGGUGCCCCCUCAGCAGCAGCAGCCCACAGCCAAUCAGCAGACGCCCCCAUCCUCACAGCCUGGCAUGCCUGGUGUGUCUGCAGCCCAGGCAAAUCCGAUUGGGGGGCAGCAGCAAGGCGUUGCCAAUAAGAUUGUAGCAUGGAGUGGGGUGCUGGAGUGGCAAGAGAAGCCCAAAGCCUCGUCUAUGGAUUCCAAUACCAAACUCACUCGCUCCCUGCCCUGCCAGGUGCAAGUCAACCAAGGAGAGAACCUAAAUGCCGACCAGUGGCCACAGAAGCUCAUCAUGCAAUUGAUCCCACAACAGCUACUGACAACACUCGGUCCCCUCUUCAGAAACUCUAGAAUGGUUCAGUUUCUCUUCACCAACAAAGAUGUGGAGUCACUAAAAGGUCUUUAUCGUAUCAUGGCCACUGGAUUUGCGGGGUGCGUUCACUUCCCCCACAGCGCCCCCUGUGAGGUGCGGGUGCUCAUGCUGCUCUACUCCUCCAAGAAGAGGAUUUUCAUGGGCCUCAUCCCCAACGACCAGAGCGGCUUCGUCAACGGCAUCCGACAGGUCAUCACCAACCACAAACAGGUCCAGCAGCACCGCUCGUUGGGUUCAGGAGGGCCGAUGCCAGGGCCACCUGGCCAGGUUCAACCCAAUCAGAACUUCCUCAACCGGCCGCAGGGGCCCAUCCCUGUCUCCCAUGGCAACGUGCAGCAGCAGAUGACGAUGAGAGCAUCCGGCGCACCUAAUCAGCCUGUCACCGGUGCUCCACCCAACCAGGUCACUCAGGGUGGACAGGCCCCACCCCAGGGUGCCAUGCUCCGCCUACCAAACCCAGGAGCCAAUCCGCAGCUGCGCAGUCUCCUCCUCAGCCAACAGCAGCCACAGGGUGGUGUUGGUCACAUGCAGGGCAUGAUGCCUCACCAGGGGCUGGGAGGGCAGCUGGUCCACCCUACUCCAGGAGCGGGCCCCCAAAUGCAGGCCCAGUGGAGACAGCCCCUAGCAGGUCAGAUGAUGAUGGCUGCUGGUCAGAGGGGCCCUGGAGCCCAGCCCCCCGGGAUGCCCCAGGUGUCUUCCGUCAUGGAGGAUGAGAUUCUCAUGGACCUUAUUUGAGUUUGGACCCAAAAAGACUACAUCCCCCAGCAACCAGCAUUUUCAGUUUCAUCAUGGGGGCAGACAGGGAGAUGUAGUUUUCCUAGUUUCUACUCUGGCUUUUUUUUUUAUAUAUUUUUUUUAUAUCAAAAGUUUGUACUGUAGAGUUAUUGGAGAUGAUGAGGGGAGGACAUGCAAGCACACACUCUCAUGCAUAUGCACACACACACAAACACACACCUUAUAACACACCUAAUGAAGCCAACCCAAUGGGAUGACAGUGUUCAUUACACUGUUGUGUGCUUGUAUGGAAACCUGUUUUACAUUCAUUUAAUUGUUUAUAUGAAAUGUAUUUUUUAUUGAGAUUUAACUUUUCCUGAAGUUGUGUUUUUGAGCUAUAUUACGUUGUUUUAUUGAGAUGAAAUAGAUACAUUUUGUCAAGGA